AUGAUCUCUGCCCUUCUUAUAUUCAAUUCUAAGGGAGAAGUACUGAUCAACUCCAUUUUGAAAAAUAACGUUAAAAGAAGCUUAUCGGAUGUAUUCAGAGUUCAGGUCAUAAACAACUUCGACAUCAGAUCACCAAUUCUAACGCUGGGCUCGACAUCUUUCAUACACACAAAGUAUGAAGAUCUUUGGUUUGUAAGUGUUACCAGAUCCAACGUUGAUAGCUCAAUAUUAAUCGAGUUUAUGUACAAGUUUAUUGAUAUUCUGAGACAAUAUGUUGGAUACAAAGAGGACACUUACCCAAACUGCAUAGUUUUAAACGAAGACUGUAUCAGGGAUAAUUUCAUAAUUAUUAAUGAACUGAUAGAUCAUAUGCUGCAGUUUGGCUAUCCGGUUGAAACAGACAUUUCAGUGUUGAGGAAUCUUACCUCUCAAAAACCUAACCAUGACAUAAUUGAUUUCGUGGAGAAUAAAAGCCCUCUAAAAAGGAAUAAGACAGUGAGUAAAAUAAACUUAGGACUUCAGAGUUGGAGACCUUCGGGUAUAAAAUACAAAAAGAACGAAGUGUAUGUUGACAUUAUCGAAAAAGUCAAUUUGAUGGUAUCUUCUACUGGUACCAUACUAGGCUCGGAUAUUGAUGGAGUUAUCCAACUAAACGCAAGUCUUUCGGGUAUCCCUGAAUGCCAUCUACGAUUGGACGAUGCGGCAGAGAUUCAAGAUUGUAAAUUCCAUCAAUGCGUGAAUCUAACAACUUAUGAUCAAACGGGUGAUGUCAAGUUCGUUCCACCAGAUGGAGAGUUUCAACUGAUGUCCUACAAAAUAUCUGAGCCCAGAAUCCCAUUCCUAGUCCUGGCAUCAAUUACAGAUUAUCCCAAUGACAAUUCACGAAAAUACAACGUUACUAUUAAAUCCAAGUUCCCAUCUCACCUCAUUGCAAAUGAAGUGGAAGUGACUAUACCUACGCCAAAUUCUAUCAAAGUUGAGUCAUUCACAAGCACAAGUGGAAAGUUAAAGCCUAAACUUGAAGAAGGGGUUGCAUUAUGGACAACUGACAAAUUUCCUGGAGGAGAAACUGAACAAUCGGCCUCAAUAACAGUCAAAGUAGGGAACUUGAAAUCAGUAGACCUACCCCCUCUCAGUCUCCAGUUUAGCAUACCCAAUUACUCAACCUUUGAGUCGAUGAUAAAAUUUUUCAAAGUACAUGAACAGUCUGGUUAUAAAACCACGAAAUACGUCCGCUAUUUCACCAAGGCUGGUUCAUAUGAUAUUAGAUAUUAA